UUGCCGAUAAGUCUGACAACGAGCUCGCAAGUUCCUUGAUGGAAUUGGAUCUGACUGAUGUCAAAGUCAAGGACUCAAACCCCAAAGGUAAAAUGAAGGCAAGAACACCAAAACGUACCAAUCACAUGAAACGAGUCCUUUCUCCUGACGAGUCAUCAUCCGAUACGAAGCGCCGAGUGGUUCAAAAGAAACAUAAGAAAGAAUCAGCGAGUGACGUUCCGCUAUUCUUUUCAGACUCAGGAAGUUCAAGUUGUCAAGCCCCUCCACCAACCCAGCCUCAAUUCAGUAGCCUCCGUCACGGUGACCUGCGACUCAAAGUGUCAUCUCCACCGAAUUUGUGUCCAACGGACGGCGAUGACCCCUUCGCUCCGGAACGCAUCAAUCCUUGGGACUCUCGUUAUAUCAUGAUGCAGAAUGCUGCUAACUUUCUUAUUUGA